AUGGACAUGCUGAUCUCACUCUGCCCAGCUUUAGAAACCCUAACUUUAGACGAUAUGUGUGAUGGAGGCAAAAUAUCAUCUUCCUCUCUUUUGAGCUUCUGUCUUACCAAAGCUGUUGUACAAUUCAGAGAUUGGAAAUUGGAAACCCCAAGGCUCAAGUAUCUCAAGCUCUGCGGCCUUCAUAUAGGAAAAAUCAUUAUGAAUGAUUUGAGCUCUAUUGUUAAGUUGGAUCUUGUUGGUUUGAUUACUUUUAGUGAAAAUUAUCCUAAAUUUCUUACACUGAUCUCUCGUGUAAGAGAUUUAACCAUCUCUUCCGACAUUCUCGCGGUUAAUCGUAAGCUCUCCAAAUCGAUAGAGAGUAAAGAUUAUGUGAUCCUCAACGAGCUCUUUGCAUUGCCAAGACAAUCCAUGGAGUGUGAAGUUGUUGUUCGCUGUAGGACUUUUGGAACAUGCAAGCCCUUUUCUUUGUUUACUUGUGCUGAUGGUUUCUCCUGA